UUGUCAGGCCGGCGAGCACAUCAAUAAGCGGCAAAAAAAUACGAUUCAAUCGAAAAUUUUAUUUCUCGCUUUUGGCGUCGUGCGUGUGGCAUACAACAAAAUAUUUGCAUGUAAAAGAAUUUUCCGCCAUCCGAGCAGAGCGUUCCGAAAAGAUCUCAUCUUUUGUAGCCAUGUCUGGAAAGGACUACAACGGAGAGCCCGGCUGUCGAAGUCCGGAGGAGUUGGACAAGAGCUACCGUCACUUCUGGGACCCCACCGCCUACUGGCAGUGCGGCGGGAAGGGAAAGGGAACGGAGCCCGCUCAGCUGCGCCGUUGCCCCGCCAACGAGCUGUACUACGACCGGGAGCGGCGGUGCGUGAAGUGGAAGGACUGGCAGUGGACCGAACCGCAGGACCCGCCCACAAAGCCAAAGCCGCGCAAAUAAAACGGCGUGCAUGUAUUGAAACAAAUUGUCGAAAAUAUAAUUAAAAAGCGCUUUCCGAUUUUUCCCGGG